GGUUGCAUUGCCACUGAAAGCAGCAGUUACACCGAAAAUCUCAAGCCUAACGCACAUCAAUUGCAAUCGAAGUGAAAGUUCAAAAUGCGUCUCUUAAUUGUGGCGCUAAUCGGCGUGCUUUGCAUCGCCUACUCUUAUGCCGCAGCUGCUGGAAGUGCCGCUGAAGUCGAGGAUAAUGCACCGAUCACGCUGCUCGAUGUGGCCGAAGGAGAACAAUACGACGCCAACGAUGCCAGCAGACAGGCCCGCAGUUGGGGCUGGGGAGGACGCGGCUGGGGCGGCGGCGGCUGGGGCGGAUGGGGAGGCGGCUGGGGUGGUGGCUGGGGAGGACGUGGCUGGGGAGGCGGCGGCUGGGGAGGACGACGAUGGGGUGGCGGCUGGGGUGGCUGGUAGAGCUAUGCACUCUGGACAUAGCAAAGCUAACCAAACUGCCUAACUUUGCCUACCUGCCAACGUCCUGAACCGUUUAUGUUAAACUUGUAUGUAAAAUGUUUGUCAGUUUUGUGUGUGUAAAUAAAGAACAUUCCGAAAAAAAAUCAAUGUUGUAGGAAUUUUGAUGGAUUACAGAAUUGCGUAGCCCAAAUUAAUGGUUUUUUGGUCUUAUAUUAAGAAUUUUCAAUUUUUCGGCCUAAUGUUCAUAGUUUUAAGAAUUUGUUUUAAUAACUAAAAAAAGCAAUUAGCAGUAAAGACAGGUUAUUUGAAAUACUAACUUUUGUGUUUAUAUUUUAGCGUUCAUAAAAUAACAUAUGAGAAAAUUCUUUCAUGAAAUAUAGCCACAAUAAACCAACAAUAAUUUCAUUGACGGCAUCAACUCGUUAUAUAAUUACUAUAUAAGUUAAAUGUAUUUUUGGUGCUCACACUGCUCGGGAAUUUUUAAUUAGCAGCUAUUUUAAUUAUAUAAAUCACUUAAUAAAAAGCUGGGGAAGAUUUAACAAUAUUCUAAGCAUAUAUCAAUUUUAAAGAUGUGGAUUAGCAAUAUUUGAUGCACAAACUCUUCAUGUGAGCCUCGUGAUUGUCUGCCACUCCUGCAAAUAGCUAAUGAUAAAGGAAAAAAUGUUUUGAAAUUAUGUAUCAAAUUAAUUAUUUCAAAUUUCGUCAUUCUAUUAUAGAGAUUCCUAGUUUGUUGUCAGCUUAAAAAAAAUAUAUAACAAGAAUAAAAUUUAAGGUGAAAAAAUCUGGUUUAAUUUAAUCGCAA